AUGAAGCGAACGUCAUACACUUCUUACUUAUCAUUUCCAACCCAUCCUGCAGAAAGACUUUGGUCAACUUGUGAGCAAAGAGACCUAAAUCCUGAUGUUUACAAGUCCCAGGGAUCCAGACAGAACAAGGUCAGGGAAAGCUUUCAUGCGAGCAAUGAAAAAGAAAAUUUGUUCGGCAAAAACUUGUCCGGGAACAAGCUCAACAACGAGAAGUCCACUCCUCCAGCAUUGCUGGAGACGAAGGCAACGAAGUUGAGUGAAUGGAAGAUCGCGCAGGCAUUCUCACCCAAAAGAAGCAAAAUAGCAGACAGCGAUGGAGCGAUCAGAGUGAAGUCUCCGAUGAUGGAGGAGAAGCUGUCUUCGCUGUCAGCAAGAUACAACGAGUCGAGCGAUCAGUGCGGUUUCCUCGUCGUGUCCAGGGAAGAUGAACUGGAGAAGAUCGAGAAGUGUAGAGAGAACUGGAGCGAGGUCAUCUUCGGCGACCGUCUUGACUCGGCUCGGUCGAGCAACGCUCAAGAGCAUUACAAUUACCUUCACGAUAACUCUCUUUUCGUCAAAGCAGAUGUCGUGAAGUUGAACGGCAUGAUUGCACGCGAAAAGGAGGCAGGAGAAGCAGAAACAGCUCCUGUGCUGCUUGAGGAGCAAGACGUUACAGGGAACAGGUCUGAGGAAGACAUGAAAGCAAGGAGACAGACCAGCGGCCAGUCCGGAGAGCUUCAUCCCUUCCAUCUCCUUAAGGACGGCAAGUUCUCCGUCAAGGAAGAGGAGGACAGAGCAAAGAACCAGGAGGCGGUCCCCUGCUCGGUGGAGGAGGUCAGCAGCUGGAUAACACCGUCCAAGGUCCGAAGAGGAGGGGAGUGGGAGGCUCUCGUUCCACAUCAGCAGCCAGUGGUCAAGCGCAGUGCUCAGGAUAUGGACGUGGUUGCAGUGGCCCGUCAGGCUCGCUGGGCGAAGGAGCAGCUGAAAAACGAGCAGAAGGAGCGAGAGGAGAAAGAGAGAGCCAAGCUUGACCGCGACCCUAAUGCUUCUUCUCCCUACUUCGAUCCAAAUGCCGUACGAAAGCAGGCGGUGUGGGCCAAAGAGAAGCGAGAGAGGGCAAAGAAGAAGCGCGAGCUCUUCCUCCAGAUGCUGCAGAAAGGCGAAGCUGCCGCCAAGGAGAUGCCCAGCAAGGAGUCCACCCGAGAAGACCCUAGCAUGCAGGAGGACAAACACGAGACAGAGCAGUUGCAGCCACGGCAGCCCGCCGCUCUUGUCCCCUCCUCCUCCUCCUCCUCCUCCAUAUCCAGUGUCUUCUCCCUUCCUCUUGCUAGCUCUCAGCCCCAGCAGCGUCCGUCCGCCAGAGCAGCGGAGCACGGCAUCUCCCUGAUCCCUCCGGCAGGAAGCAGCUGCCAGCUACAAGACAGAGACUCUUCCUCUUCCUUCACUUGCUCGCUCGAGCCCAAGGAGGAAGCGGCGACAGGAUCUCUUCGCUCCUCUCUCGCCACACCUAGCAGACCGCAACUCCAGGUUGGAGCUCUACAGGGCAUCCCAGCAAGCGCGUCCAGCUGCCCAACGUAUCUCCUCCUUCCUCCCUCCCUUCUGCCCCCUGCCCCCUUCCCUUCUUGUCAUCUUGCCCUGACUGCCGACUAG